AUGGCAUCACCAACAGAAAUGGAGACGGUCGAGAUCGGCAUCAUCGGAAUGGGCGACAUGGGUCGUCUCUAUGCUACCAAGAUGAGCGAUGCCGGAUGGAAGCGAGUCAACGUCUGCGACCGACCGGAAAACUACGAGAACCUUCGCAAGGAGUUCGAAGGCUCGGGAAUCACCGUCCUGCGAGAUGGACACCUCGUGUCCCGGCGCAGCGACUUUAUCAUCUACUCUGUCGAAGCGGCUUACAUUGACAAGGUGGUGGAGCAGUACGGAUCCUCGGCAAAGAUCGGGGCUAUCGUAGCAGGCCAAACCUCGGUCAAGGCACCCGAAAAGGCUGCAUUCGAAGAGCACCUCCCGAAAGACACCCACAUCAUUUCAUGUCAUUCUAUGCACGGCCCGAAAGUGGAUCCAACCGGCCAGCCACUCAUCCUCAUUCAGCAUCGCGCACCGGACGACAAGCUGCGACUGGUCGAGAGGAUCAUGGCCUGCUUCCGCUCCAACUAUGUCUACCUCACCUACGAAGAGCACGAUACGGUCACCGCCAACACCCAAGCAGUCACUCAUGCUGCAUUCCUGUCGAUGGGGACUGCAUGGUGCUGCUCAAACCAAUAUCCUUGGGAGUCGGAGCGAUACCCGGGAGGCAUCGAGACUGUCAAGAUCAACAUUUGUCUACGCAUCUACUCGGCCAAAUGGCACGUCUACGCCGGCCUGGCGUUGCUCAAUCCAGCAGCCAAGACGCAAGUCACCCAAUUCGCGCAGAGCUGUACUGACCUGUUCAAACUUAUGGUGGCCGAGAGGGAGCAAGAGCUCAUGGAGCGCGUUUUUGCCGCACGCAAAAAGGUCUUUGGCUGGGAAAAGGACGAAGAGAGCAACAGCGUCAUCUCACGUACUGGCACAAAGGAGGAGCGCAAACCCAUUCUCAUGAGCGACAAGCUGCUCGAUCGAUUCCACAUGGCCGCUCGCAAAGCCACCUCGACCGCUAAUAGUGACUCGGGCGAUCAGGAAGAAACCACUUCAUCAUUGCAGUCCCCACCCAACUCGCAUCUCUCGCUCUUGGCCAUUGUCGACUGCUGGAGUUCGCUCGGCAUCAACCCGUACGACCAUCUCGAUCUGGCGGCAACGCCCAUCUUCAGGAUCUGGAUCGGCGUCUGCGAAUAUCUGUUCCGCUCGCCAGAGCGACUGCAUCAAGCGUGCCAGGCCGCGGUGCGCGAUCACAGCUUCCGCGCCGACGACACCGAGUUUGUCAUUGCUUCGCGGGGCUGGGCCCAAGCCGUGCAGUUUGGCAACUUUGACAGCUACCAGAGGCGCUUUGAGGAGACCAGACGAUUCUUUGAGCAUCGAUUCCAGGAAGCAGGCGCGGUGGGGGCAGAGAUGCUCAAAGUGGUCUUGGCAAACUAG